GAGCUAAGAGCCGAGGAGGCAGCAGGUGAAUCAUUUACAGAGCUCUACUUUUUUACCGUCCCACCUGUUCAACAGUAAAUAAACUGAAACAUACUGGGAGCGGAAAUGUCCCCUUGUAUAUGACCGGCUCCGCUUUCCAAAUAGAAAUAAUAAUAUUAUCUCAGAGUGGACGAAAAGACGAAACCACGCCGCCGGAGCCUGGACUUAGCAGGUCAGUUGUUGUUACAGGAGGAACCUCAGAGUGGGAGCCAUGUUGUCAGCGGAGGAGAUUCUGUGCAACACGCAGCAGGUGAUCGCCGGGCUGGAGGCGCUGAAAGGAGAGAACCGUGGCCUGCUUGAGAACCUGCAGGAGGCUAUUGAGAGCCUGCCAGUGCCUGAGAGUGGCAGCGUGGAGCAGGAGAAGAGUGACAUCAUCCGCCAAUCACUGGAGAGGAUAGAGCUGGGGCUGAGCGAGGCGCAGGUGAUGAUGGCGUUGUCAGCUCACCUGGGUUCACUGGAGGCAGAAAAACAGAAGCUGCGCGCUCAGGUGCGUCGUCUCUGUCAGGAGAACCAGUGGCUGAGGGACGAGCUGGCAGGUGCUCAGCAGCGGCUGCAGGACAGGGAGCAGGAGGUGGUCACCCUGGAGGAGCAGAAUAGACACUUGCAAUUCAUGUCCUCCAUACGCAAAUACGACCUGGAGGAGCCGCAGCUGGAUGACAAAGACACGUCUUCCACCAAGGAGUCUCUGGAUGACCUCUUUCCCACUGAGGACGAAGAACAGUCUCAGAUGUCCCAGCCUCACCACAGCAGUGCAGCAGCUGCAGCCCAGCAGGGCGGCUACGAGAUUCCUGCCCGCCUUCGAACACUGCACAACCUGGUCAUCCAGUAUGCAUCCCAGGGACGGUACGAAGUCGCUGUGCCACUUUGCAAACAGGCUUUGGAAGACCUGGAGAAGUCCUCAGGCCACACCCACCCAGAUGUUGCCACCAUGCUGAAUAUACUGGCGCUGGUGUACAGAGACCAGAACAAAUACAAAGAAGCAGCUAACCUGCUAAACGACGCAUUGGCAAUAAGAGAGAAAACUCUUGGAAUGGACCACCCGGCUGUGGCAGCAACGCUCAACAACCUGGCGGUGCUUUAUGGGAAAAGAGGAAAAUACAAGGAAGCAGAGCCGCUGUGUAAGAGAGCUCUGGAGAUCAGAGAAAAAGUUCUUGGUAUAGACCACCCAGAUGUUGCCAAGCAGCUGAACAACCUGGCUCUACUGUGUCAGAAUCAGGGGAAGUACCAGGAGGUGGAGCAGUAUUAUGAACGUGCUCUGCACAUCUACCAGAGCAAACUGGGACCAGACGAUGCCAAUGUGGCCAAGACAAAGAACAACCUGGCAUCAUGCUAUCUUAAGCAGGGGAAAUACAGACAAGCUGAGGCUCUAUACAAAGAGAUCCUGACCAGAGCACAUGAAAAGGAGUUUGGAUCUGUAGAAGGCGAUGGUCGUCCCAGUUGGUCAGGUGCUGAGGACGGUGGCUCCGGACAGGACGGACUCAGUAACCUGAAGCGCAGCGGCUCCUUCACCAAACUCAGAGAGUCGAUACGCAGAAGCAGUGAGAAACUGGUCCGCAAGCUGAGAGGAGUCGGAAUGGAGGAAGCAACCCUGAGGAAUGCUGGGAUGAAGAGGGCAAACUCUCUGAAUGUGUUGAAUGUUGGAGCCAGAGAGAGUCAGGAUGGCACCCAGUCGAGCCGUUUGACAAAUGUCCGAGGCCUGAGCUCCAGCACGCAGAGCCUGACAAGACGAGGUUCACUCGGUGGUACCAGCUAACACACACACACACACACACACACACACACACACUUCCAUACAGUACCACUCAACAGAUAACAGAUGUUGGUACAUUUAUCGCUCAUAUCAGAUGUCUGACACCAAGUGGAUUCCCCACUUUCAGUCCCCUGAAGAAAAAAAUGGAGAUAGCUGUCACAACUGAAGACGAUGACGAUAAAAGUCAAACAAAUUUCUUAAUCAUGACUAAUUUAAAAAACUAAUGUCAAACAAUAUAACAUGUUUGUCUCUGGUAAUGACAAAUGUGUCCAAAAAGUGUGGUCACAUUUCGACUCCACCUUCACAUAUCAGCAUUGCACUAAAAUCUUUUCUUCCUGUUCACUUGAAGUUCAAUAUCAUUCCUUCCUGGUUUUGGAUUAGACACAAACUCAGCUUCCUGAUUUCAAGUUACCUAUAACCUUCAAAAUUAAAGAAAAAACAUAAUUUAGACCACCAACAUUUCACUGUUAGAAAAAGUUUUAUGGAAGUUUUUACAUUUCUGUAUUUAAACCUGACCAUGUCAUUUGCAGGUUAACAAACAUUAACAAUAAUACAAUUAAUUUUAAAUUGGACAUAUUAGGUGUUUCCUUUUAGGUACAUUUAUUAACGUCACUGAAAAACCUAUUAACUUUAUUUAUGUUUUUAAUCUUACAGAUAAACAGGCAUGUUGACAUAACAGAUUAUCUUUUAUAAAUCCUGUUGAGAAGCACAGGGAUGUGAAGUUGUUUGCACAAUGAUCAAAACGUGAUGUGUUUGUCAAAAAGUACAUGUUACAUUUGUUUUACGAGGGAGAAGUUAAGCUAUGAAGUUUAAAAUGUUGAAGAAGUUAUUUAAAUGUGUUUUGCCUUUACAAUGUGCAGGUCAUUCCAAUUAUAUUGUUAAAGCUAAUGAAAAAACACAAAUGUUUACUUCAGCUGUUUUGCGCCACAGUCCAGUUUUGUCAUUCCAUAUUUUGAGAAUAAGGACCAACUUUUUUAAUUUAAAAAAAAGAAGAAGAAAAAAAAAACACCAGCUGUUCAAAAUUAACACACGUAUGUAUAUAUUUUUAAAGAUGGCUUUCCAAAAAGAUGGAUAUUUUUGCACAUUGUGAGUUAUUAUGUUUUCAAUCAAUCAAACUCUCAAACUGAAAAUCAAUCGACACUUCAGUUUUAAUGGCACACACUUCAAAAUUCAGCAGUUAUGUGUUUGUUGUGAGCUUUUAAUAGUCAGUUCAGAAAAUAGAUAUAAGCUCUCUGGAUACCCAAAGUUACUGCUGUGUGCCUGAGUCAGUGUUGAUGACUCCCAACUGGCCUUGGAAUAAAGUAGAACGGAUGGUUUGGAUUUUUUCAGUGGGGUUGUAUAAGGUAUUUAUCCAUAGUCAGUGUAUUACCUAUAGCAGAUGGCGGUCUGCACACCCCUAAUUUCGAGAAGAAGGCAGGAGUACCGACACAGAUGCUAAGCAAUGUACUGCUUUUCAAUAUCAGUUUAAGUGUACACUAUAUUUAGGAUCUUUUCACUGCUUUACCUUGCUGUCAGACAGACCUUUCUGACAGAGAACUAAGGCAAUUAUAUUCAUCUGUGCUCUCUUCACAGCCAUCAGAUUCCUUUGACAAAAACAGAGCCACUAGCCUACCACUGCCUCAAUCAGUUACUUUG